AUGAUUCUAGAAAGCAUUUCCUCUUGUUGGAAUCUGGAGAAAGAUACAGCUAAGCCUAACAGAAAGAACCCAACACAACACCGGCUGCGGGAACCGAGCAGCCUUCCCAGAGUGGCCCAGAGCCGGCUGAAGUCACCGCACCCGGAGGGACAGGACGCCCGGGCUCGAGCAGUCCCACCGCCCCGGCAUCCAGCGCGAACGAACGCCCGCGAGGCCUGCCUGCAGACCCCGAUCCGCGCCAUCACCUCCGCGCACCACACGCACACUCACCAAGUCCACUUCUGGGGGACGCUGGUGUCCUCCCACCAUCGUCCAGCACCCACGGCGUCACCGCGCCAACAAAGCUGCGCAGGAGCCUCCCGGGCAGGAACACCGAGCCCAAGAUGGCGGCUCCCAGACAAAGGACCGGUGACAGCCAAAGCCCGCCCCCCGCCCUCCCUCUGUGUGUCUGAUUGGACACUCCUCAACUCAGUGCCUCCGAUUGGACAGGGCUCCGGGUCCUGCCCCCUGAGUGACAAUAGAUGGCGCCAACGCACAGCUGUAGGAGCUCAGAAUGACAGCUGUGUGCAGGAGCCAACUACUGACUCUCAGAGGACAGAACCUGAAACUCUGUCCAAUCGGAGGCCCUGGCCUCAAGGCGUACCCAAUCAGACACACAAACGGAGGGUGGGGGCGGGCUUUGGCUGUCGCCCAGCCUUUGUCUGGGACCCUCCAUAUUGGAAUCCCUGUACGCUGCUAGGGACGCUGUGGCUCAGCUUCGGUGGCGCGGUGACGCUGUGGGUGCUGGGCGAUGGUAAGAAGACGCCAGCGUCCCCCAGAAGUGGACAUGGGCACUGUUUAGCCAAACCUGAGUUGAUCUCCAAGUUGGAAGAAGGAUUUGAACCGUGGGGUGUUGCAGAAGCCACCGAGCAGUGCCUACCAGGUGUCCAUAAAUGGAGUGCCCCAGUUGAAAAAAGCCAGCAAAGUCAAGAGAAGUAUUUGAGGCAAGUCAAAAUCAUCAAGAUAAAUACAUCGGAUGAAGAUAAGGUGGAAGUAGAAAACACACACAAUGUGGACUCAAACUGCAUCUCAAAUAUGACUCUGAAGAAUGAAGCCUGUUCUAGAAUAUUCUUUCAGGAGCUUGUUAAUCCGUUGCUAGAUAUGCCUUUGCCUACUAAGGCUGGUGAGAGGCAGGGUACAGAAGUACCUCAUGACCUGAGUAGAACUCAGGAAGCUCUCUCAUCUCCCAACCAUUUUACUCACCAUAGCACGGAUCGGUAUUCACAGUGUUGUUUUCAGUAUUUUGGACCGGAUGAAGCCUUCCACACAAAAGCUGUAUUAACACCCGAGCUGUUUUACGUUCAGGAAACCUCUAGGACAUGCAAUAACUCUGAUAAAUCCUUUGAUGAGGUAGCAAUUCCUGCCCAAUAUAUGACUCAGUUAAGAAAGCAAACUUUGGGAUGGAAUAUAUGUCAUAAAAUGUUUCCUAACAAGACAGAACUUAGCAACCAUGACAAUAUGCACACAGGAGAGGAUGAUUAUAAAUGUGAUUACGAGAAACCCGUCGUUAACACGUCAUUGUACCUUACAAAACAUCAGGAAGCACAUGCAGGGAUGGAGUCCCAAGCACACAAGGAAAACAUCAAAUUCUUCUGCCUAGAUGCCGAGCUGCAAGCAGUUGAUCAAAGACUUCACAGAGAGAAACAAGUUUAUGAAUGUGAAGUAUCUGGGAAAACCUUUUGCCAUGAGCCAGAGCACAUCAGCCAACAGAGAUCGCAGGCCUGUGAGAGAGCCUGUCAGGGUAAGGAAAGUGGGGAAGCUAGCUGUGACGAGUCAGCCCACACCCAACAUCAGAGACUUUGUACAGAGAGGGCCUGUGAGGGUAAAACAUGCAGGAAGGCUUUCUACCAUAAUUCACUACUGUCUCAACAUCAAAGAGCUCAUGCAGAUGAACAGCAAAGUGACUGCAAAGAAUUAAUGAAAAUUUACUUCUACAUAUCAAGCCCCACGCAGCAUCACAGACCUCCUACGCCCGAGAAACCUUACGGAUGUAAUGACUGUCUGAAGACCUUCUCCCACAAGUCACAGCUCGCUCGACAUCAGAGAACUCACACAGGGGAGAAACCCCACGAAUGCAAAGAAUGCAGGAAAGCUUUCUGUCACAAGUCCCACCUAACCCGGCAUCAGGGAAUCCACGCACCUGAGAAACCCUACGAAUGUCACGAAUGUAAGAAAUCUUUCUACCUGAGGUCACAGCUCACUCAACAUCAGAGAACGCACACAGGGGAGAAGCCCUUCGAGUGUAAAGAAUGCCGGAAAGCUUUCUUCCGUAACUCACACCUCACUCAACAUCAGAAAAUUCAUACGGGUGAGAAGCCACAUAAAUGUAAAGAAUGUGGGAAUGCAUUUGCCCGCAAGUCACACCUCACCCAGCAUCAGAAAACCCACACAGGGGAGAGGCCCUAUGAAUGUAGAGAGUGCAGGAAAGCCUUCUCUCGUAAGUCGCAACUGAUGCAGCACGAGACAACUCACACUGGUGAGAGAGCCUAUGAGUGCAAAGAAUGCAGGAAAACUUUCUAUCUCAAGGCGUACCUCACUCGACACCAGCUAAUCCAUAAAUCUGAAAAGCCAUUUGAAUGCAAGAAAUGCGGGAAACCGUUCUCCCGGAAGUCAUACCUCGCAAGACAUCAGAAGACACACAAAGGUGAAAAACCCUAUCUGGGUGAGAAACUUUAGGGAUGUAAAUUAUGGAGAAGGUUCUUAAGCUAGUUGGACUUAACAGGUGCGGAGCCCUAUGCAUGUAAGAAAAUGUGCUACUGUUACAUCUUGGCCUACAUCAGAAAACCCAUGCUAGUAAUAAACCCUAUGAAUGGAAAAGUAUGAAAGAAAGUUUUGCACAGGAGUUAUGUCUCACUGUAGGCCAGUGAGUUUGCCAGUGAGAAGCCAUAGGAAUUUUCGGGAUGCUGUGUUUCAGUUACACCUCAUCAUGCAUUAGUAAAUUUAUACAAGUGAGAAGCUCUGUGACUAUAAAGGAUGUAAUAGAGCUGUAACAACAAGGGGUGAUGUGUCCGGGCAUAAAUCCUCUCAACAUAAAGAUGCAGGAAAAACUUCCUACCACCAAGCAACUCAUUAGCUGCCUGAGAACUUAUAGCUGCCAUUUAAGUUUCAGUAACAAGGGAAAUUUUUCAACAAGGGAGACCCCACUGCCUGACAGAAAACUCCCACAGGUGAUGAACCACGCUAAUCUAGGAGAGCUGAGAGCGCCCUGGCAAGUAAGGGCUCCCACGAGUGUACAUG